AUCGCGCUAACCAACAAUCAAUCGAGCCGCAUUAUCUUGAACGCAAACAACAUGUCCCUCGACGAAGGCGCCCAGAUCCGAGUGAAGUUCGUGACCAAGAAUGCGGCGAUCCGCGUCACAGAGACGCCGUUCGCUGUGCCGAUCAAGCUGGCGCGCGCGGGAUUGUCUCAAGUCGUCAACCACUUGCUCAACACGGCAACGCCCAAGCCAUUCGACUUCCUCGUCGAAAACACGUUCCUGCGCACGACUUUGGAGAAGUAUGUCGUGACCAACCACUUGACGGACGAAGCCGUGCUCACGCUCGAGUACGUGGAAGCGCACUUGGAACCAGAGGAGUCGCAGUCGCAGAACCACCCAGAUUGGAUCAGUGCCGUCAGCAGCUACAACGGGGUGAUCGUGACUGGCUGCUACGAUGGGAUUCUGCGCGUGUUUGCUCAGUCGGGCGAGUUAUUGGGCUCUGUCAAAGCGCACGACACCGUGAUCAAGUCGAUCUCGAUCUACGAGGAUGUAAUUGUCACGGGAAGCAAAGACUUGACGGCCAAAGUGUGGUCGUGGGACGCCACGACCAAGUCGCUUGCGUUGCUCGGCGUGAAUGGCGGCCACGGCAACAGCGUGGAUGCGGUCGCCGUGCACGACCAACAGGUGGUCACGGGCAGCUGGGACAACACAGUGCGCGUAUGGUCUGUGCCUACUGCCGCCGCAGUACACGACAACAACGAGGAUCAAGACCGCGGCGGCGCCUCCGUAACAAAGAAGCAAAAGACCAGCGCCAACGGCGCGUCCAAGGCCAAAGUGACCCAGCAAGAAGCGUCAACCAUCCUGCCAGGGCACACGGCGGCGGUGCUCGCGGUGGCCGUGGAUGCCCAUCAAGCACAUGUGUUGUACUCGGGGUCGAUGGAUCGAUCGAUCAAGCUGUGGGAUCUCACCACCGAACGUUGCACGCAAACCAUGGUGGGUAGUAGUCAGGACUGGAAGCGUUUUGAACCAAUGAAGGAAGGGGGGUCUCAUGUGUGAUAUUUGCCUCGGUAGACUGGCAGUAGUACCCUCAGUGACAUGAGUGUGUCGAGUACAGGCACGAUUCUCAGCGCCCACCCAGACAACCACAUUCGCUUGUGGGAUCCUCGCGCGGGAAAGGCCGGCACGACGUUGGUGCAAGCAACGUUCACGUCGCACAAGCAGUGGGUCAGCGCCGUCGAGUGGUCGCCUUUGAACGCACAUCAGUUUGUCUCGUCGGGGUAUGACGGCGCCGUCAAACUAUGGGACUCCCGCAGCUCCAUCCCGCUCUUCACGCUGGCGGCACACACCGGGAAGGCCCUGGAUGUGGCCUGGUUGCCCAACACCAAGCCUGCGUUCGUCAGUGGUAUGUGCCUCAUCGUUUGUAGUGUCUUGCCCGAGGCUAACUACUCUUGGGACGUUCAUUGCAGGAGGGGAGGACUGCCAGCUCAAGUUCUACGCCACCGCCUAAUGCAACGAAAAAAACAGAUGAAUUUUUGAUUCGA